AUGUUCUGUGUCCCUUAUUGUAGCGCUUUUUUUCUGAGCUCGCUUAUCCUCUUUGUCCAUAUUUUCCCCUUAACAAUUACCUCCUAUCUGAUAAAGCACCAAAGGGGAUACUACAUAGAUUGGAAAACAUAUCCACAGAAUUUUAGUAUUUACAAAUAUAGGAAGAGCUGCGUAGCCAAGGGCAGAAACAGGUAUCACCUGAAAUAUGAACCCAAUUUACAUCCCCAUUUAGAGAGGAGAAAUGAGUACGUAGUAAGUACUUGCGUACACAAGAGGAGGAGGGUGAGAUUGUACUACAUAUACAGCAACCCCCUUGGCACGAGAAGGAGAAACAGAAAUGAUAAAUUAAACCUGUAUGAGUUGUCCCAUUUCGAGCGUAGCCAAUUAGAAGAGGAGUACAAAUCGAACGUGAGAGAGGAAAAGAAAGAUAAAAUCAUGAGCCCCACUUCGUCGGUUAGUGACAUCAUCAAAGAGGCAAACGGGGAUGCUGCAAAACCGUGCGAUGGUGAUGUGAGUGAAGUCGAAAAUAUAGACGGAAAUAAUUCCUACCCACAAGGUAGCAACCUACAUGUUCAACCAAAGUUGAACAGAACAGAGAAGCAAAAAAUUAUUCUAAUUAUCGGCGUAACAUGCAGUGGGAAGACAAAGUUUAGCAUAGACCUGUGUGAAGAACUAUUAAAAAAUAAUGUACGAUGCGAAAUAAUUAGUGCGGAUUCUAUGCAGGUUUACCAGAAUUUCAAGGUAGGUAUAGCCAAAGUAGAGGAAGAAGAAAAGAGGGAUAUAAAACACCACCUGUUGGAUGUAUGUGGACCGAAGGAAGAGUUCAGUGUGCACAAAUUUAUUAGUCAUACGAUACCUAUCAUCCGUAGCAUAAGUGAGAGUAACAAAUUGGCCAUCGUUGUUGGAGGUACGCUUCUUUACGUUGAGUCGCUGCUGUGGGAAUCUGUGGUAGAUUUGGAAGAAGCCCAUUGCGAAGCGCAUACCGAAACGCACAGCGGAACGGAUCCAUAUGAACACAAGACAAAUGAAGAACUACAUGCAGAACUAAAAAGGGUCGACGAAGAAAGGGCCAGUCAGUUGCACCAAAAUGAUAGGAAAAGAAUUUGUAGAAGUUUAGACAUUUUCUACUCACACAAUAAAAAACAUAGUGAGCUAAUAAAAAUGAGAAACCACAAAAAUAAUGAUCUCAAUAGGACAAGAUAUGCCCCUUGCGUUUUCUAUCUGGAUUACGAUAAUGAUGAUUUGCUACGGGGAAAUAUUCAGAAGAGAGUGGACAACAUGGUUUCGAAGGGACUCUUGGACGAAGCCAUAAAAUUAAAAAAACUAAAGGAAAAUGCAAAUGUCAAGUUCUUUGGGAAGGGAAUUAACCAAAGCAUUGCAUACAAAGAGUUUGAUGCGUACAUUGAAAAAAAAAUGAACAAUGUUAAUGAUGAAGAUUUGUUCAACUUGUGUAAAGAAAACCUAAUUAGGAAAACGUAUAAGUAUGCGAAGCGGCAGAGGAGGUGGGUAUUAAACAGAUUUGUAAAAUGCUAUAACAUCCCGCUGAACAGGAUAGACGUAUCGCACGACUAUGAAAGGAAGCUCGCAACAGCGGUGCAAACGGUACUGAAAUUCUGCUGCAGUUGA